AUGGGUGCCUACUGCUAUGCCGAGUUGGGAACCAUGAUGCCCAGAUCGGGAGCGGAUUAUUCAUACGUAUAUGAGGCUUUCGGACCGUUCUUCGGAUUUCUCCGUUUGUGGAUUGAAGUCAUUGUUGCGCGACCAGUUUCCGCGGCUAUCAUUUCCAUGGUAUUCGCCAAUUAUCUGUUGAGACCCGCCUUUCCAACAUGCACAGAAUCGCCUCCCGCUGCUGUAAGGCUACUUGCAUGUGUAUGUGUU